UUUUUUCCUGUGCCAUAUAUUCUCAGGAGCAAACUACACUGCAGUGAUUGCUGUUCCCCUUUCAGGGGUCCAAAGCUGUGGGAAAAGAUUGUUUUUGUGCAACUCGUUUUUUCUCUUUUGCGUGCAAUGGAGUUGCUUUGCCUCCUCAACUAUUCCGCCUUGUGUUACAGGAUGCUGCUGUAUUUCUUCAGUCAAAAGCUUCUUUGCGUGAUUUAAGGAGAGAAUUUCCAAGAAACUUUCUUGAGAAGCAAGGGCAGCAGAAUAAAUUUGAAAGGCAAAUUUCUAGUGUUUGUAACAGAGUCUGUUCUGGCAACAUCAGCCUUCUGUGAUUUUGCUUGAAUUAAAAGAUAACACCCAUGUCUGGAGGGACUUCUGAGAUAUUCAUAUGAAGCACUGUAGCAGUUGGUUCAUUUCUUUACUAAUAAUGAUCAGCAGACAAUAAUAGAAAUGGGAUUGAUUUUGUAAAAGGGUGCUUCAAAGUACAGAUGUAGGCACUCUUGUUCUGUGGUCAUUGUGAGAGUCCUUCAGAAGACAGCCAUGGAGAAAAUGGCUAGGGUGACCACUGCCCUUGGCGGCAAUACCAUCACUGGGCGCACUAUGUUCUGCCAUUUGGAUGCCCCUGCCAAUGCCAUUAGUGUGUGUCGUGAUGCUGCCCAGGUGGUAGUAGCUGGGCGCAACAUCUUUAAGAUCUACUCCAUAGAAGAAGACCAGUUUGUGGAGAAGCUGAACUUGCGCGUGGGCCGCAAGCCAUCCCUGAACUUCAGCUGUGCAGAUGUAGUGUGGCACCAGAUGGAUGAGAACUUGCUGGCCACAGCAGCCACCAAUGGUGUGGUUGUGACCUGGAAUCUUGGCAAACCAUCCCGUAAUAAACAGGACCAACUCUUCACUGAGCACAAGCGAACUGUUAACAAGGUGUGCUUCCACCCCACCGAAGUGUACAUGCUUCUUAGUGGGUCCCAGGAUGGCUACAUGAAAUGCUUUGAUCUGCGCAAGAAAGAUUCUGUUAGCACCUUCUCAGGUCAGUCAGAAAGCGUGCGGGAUGUCCAGUUUAGCAUCCGCGAUUACUUCACAUUUGCCGCAACCUUCGAGAAUGGAAACGUUCAGCUGUGGGAUAUCCGCCGCCCUGAUCGCUACGAGCGGAUGUUCACAGCCCACAAUGGGCCUGUUUUCUGUUGUGACUGGCAUCCAGAGGACAGGGGCUGGCUGGCCACAGGGGGCCGGGAUAAGAUGGUGAAGGUCUGGGACAUGAACACGACCCGAGCCAAAGAGAUCUACUGUGUGCAGACGAUCGCUUCGGUGGCCAGGGUCAAGUGGCGGCCUGAAUGCAAGCACCACAUUGCUACGUGCUCGAUGAUGGUGGACCACAACAUCUACGUGUGGGAUGUGCGCCGCCCCUUCAUCCCCUCUGCUAUGUUUGAGGAACACAAAGAUGUCACCACAGGCAUUGUGUGGCGUCACCUCCACGAUCCGUACUUCCUCUUGUCCGGCUCCAAGGACAGUACCCUUUACCAGCACAUCUUCAAGGACGCCAGCCAGCCUAUUGACCGAGCUAACCCUGAGGGGCUUUGCUACAGCCUCUUUGGGGACCUGGCUUUUGCUGCCAAGGAGAGCUUGAUCUCUGCUGACUCUAACCGCAAGCCCUACGUAGGCGACAGGCGUCACCCGAUUUUCUUCAAGCGCAAGCUGGACCCGACAGAGCAGUUUGAGUUCAUCUCUUCAUCCAGCGCCCUGAGUGUCUUCGAGGCAGACACAGAAUGUGACGCUGAGAGCAUGGACUGGUUUGUGCGAACUGCCAAGCAGUACGCCCUAGCAGGGAGACCAUUGGCAGAGCUGUGUGACCACAAUGCCAAGGUGGCCAAAGAACUUGGGCGCAACCAGGUUGCUCAGACGUGGACAAUGCUUCGGAUUAUUUACUCGAGUCCCGGCACUGUGUCCUCUGCAAAUUUAAAUCACAGUCUAGGGAAGAGUAGCUCCAGUCUCCCACUCAUGAACAGUUUUAAUUUGAAGGAUAUUCCCUCUGGGAUCGGCGGCGAGUCGAGGCUGGAGCGGAGCAAAGGGGAGAGCCGCCCAGAAAACAUCCUCAUGGAUUCUUCCUCAACCCUGAUCAAUAACGAUGAGAAUGAGGAAACGGAGGGGAGUGACGUCCCUGCAGAUUAUCUCCUGGGGGAUGUGGAGGGAGAUGAAGAUGACCUGUACAUGAUGGAUCAUGAGAACCCCCCCGCAGAAGAGCAAGAGUAUAUCCUUCCUCAGGAAGCCUUUCCUCUGCGACAUGAGAUUGUGGACAACCCUUCGGCCCUAGAUCACCUGCAGGACAAAGCGGACUCCCCCCAUGUCAGUGGCAAUGAGGCCGAGACCGUGUCCUUGACGCCGGUAGAAUCCUUCUCCCUCAUCUCCAUCUCCCAUUCCCUGUACGAAAACCGGCUGCCUGCUGACUUCUUCAACCCCAUCGUCCGUGACAUGCUGCUCUUCUAUGCUGAACAAGGAGACGUACAAAUGGCAGUGUCCGUGCUUAUCGUGUUGGGAGACCGCAUCCGGAAAGAGAUCGACGACCAGGCACAGGAACACUGGUACACGUCCUACAUUGACCUGCUGCAGCGCUUCCAGCUGUGGAACAUCUCAAACGAGGUGAUCAAACUGAGCACGUGCAGAGCCAUCAACUGCCUCAACCAGGCUUCCACCACCCUUCACAUCAACUGCAGCAACUGCAAGCGGCCCAUGAGCAACAAGGGCUGGAUCUGCGACAGGUGUCGUCAGUGUGCCAGCAUGUGUGCUGUGUGCCACCACGUGGUGAAGGGCCUGUUCGUGUGGUGCCAGGGUUGCAGUCACGGGGGGCACCUGCAACACAUCAUGAAAUGGCUAGAGACCAGCUCCCAUUGCCCUGCAGGAUGUGGCCAUCUCUGCGAGUACACUUGAACCUGAAAAGCAAAACUGGGCCCAGUGGGUGCUUAGAAAACCGGGAUAGGACCGGCAAGAAGAGUCUGUGGCUGAGAGCAGCGUUGAGCCACAGGUGCCAGUGCUGUGGACAGCUGCCUGAGGACAGUGUAAAGAGGAAAUGCCUUCUUCCGUAGGUGCCACCUGAAAAGCAGUGACACUUUAAUCCUCAGGGAACUUUUUUUUUUUUGCAUCAUAAAUUAUCCUGAUCAGUUUUUUCCUAUUUAUAUCUUUUUAAAAUUACUGUAUACAAAGUUCUUACUGUGUUCCUGUAAAAUGUACUUUAUGAGAAAGUGAUGAAGGGGGGGGGGCACACUUUGAACAGCAACCCAUUUUUAAAAAAUCUGUAUAUACACUGAAUUAAAAGAACAAAGCAGA